AUUUACUUCAAGGUGUGCCGUUCACCAAUGGGUAGAGUACAUAGGUAGAGCAGUAGCACAUAAUCGAUCGAAGUAUAUGCAUUGUGUUACAUGAGUAAAUAAGUUUUAAAAUGUUAUCGUUGACAAUGUGAACUUCUCAGAAAUGUGACCGUGAUAGUUAUUUACAAAAGUGGAUUUAAUUUUAAAUUUUAAGGGUAAAAAAUGGGCUCAAAAAUCGAAUAUGUUGAUUCAACUCAAAUCUACGCGACCAGUUAUGCGAGGAACUCGAAGGCAAUCGGUGUUUUGUGGGCUAUUUUUACGAUAUGUUACGGUAUUAUAGUAGUAGUAUCAUUCAUAACUCCCGAAUGGAUAGGGGUUGUUGAGGGUGAAAAUGCCGGAAAAAUUGGAUUGUGGUCGGUUUGCCGCGCGGAAGAACAGGGAGAAAUGUGCAAGGGGAAAUUUUACAGUUUUUACGAACUAUCGAAUAUUGCAUUUGUGGGGGCGAGUGCCUGUGUUGGGAUUGCCGUCCUGACUGCCCUCUUAACGAUAUGUAUGAUGGUUUUGUUUUUAUUUUGUCAUUCCACCACCGUAUAUCACAUAUGCGGGUGGUUGCAGGUUUUCUCAG